AUGGCUUUGACGCAGGUCUUCCAGAAGCUCAUAAACAACACAAUAAAAGAGGUCAUCAAUAAGAGCCACAUUUGCGUUUCCUCUUUCAGGGAGUAUCGGCCGAAGGAGGAAGUGAAAUUUCUGGACAACGGAACCAGAGUGGAGGCUGUUAAUCCGAAGACGUACGUGUUUGAGCCCAACAUGUCACGCGGAUCUGAGGACGACAUCGUCCGAACAGUCAACAUCCCCGCUGUGACCGUGAUGGAGAAAGCCAAAGGUAGAUGGUUUGAAGGCUUCGUCAGUGCCUUGAUGAAAUCAAACAACAUCGGUGUGUUUGGGACGUUCAGGGUCGGUGACCUGCUGUGGGGUUACGAAGAUCCGCUGCUUAAAUUAAUCCAAAAAUUUAUCACAAUGGAUGACCACUUCGGACUUUUCUAUAAGAAAAAUGGCACCGACGACGGUGAUUAUAUUUUCUUCACGGGGAAGCAGAAUUAUCAGGACUUUGCUCGUAUAGACGAGUGGAACGGACAGAGUACAUUGAACUGGUGGAGUACAGAAGGCUGUAACAGGAUCAACGGCACUGACGGAGCAUCUUUCCAUCCAGUCAUCACAAAAACAGAGAAACUCUAUAUAUUCUCCCCUGAUCUGUGCAGGUCUAUAUAUGCCCAGUACGAGUCUGACGUGAGCGUACGAGGGGUUCCCGGUUUCCGCUUUGUCCCACCCAGCGAGGUUUUCGCCAAUCUUACGAUUAACCCGGAUAACGCAGGCUUCUGUGUGCCGGCCGGGAACUGUCUCGGCUCCGGCCUCCUCAACGUCAGCGUCUGCAAAGAAGGUGUGCCCAUCAUCAUGUCCUCCCCUCAUUUCUACCAGGCAGAUGACAGAUUCGUCCAGGAUGUGUUCGGGAUGAAUCCCAACAAGGAGGAGCACGAGACGGUCAUUGACGUCAACCCGCUCACUGGAAUGUUGCUUCGGGGUGCGAAGCGUGUUCAGGUGAACGUCUACCUGCAUCAGAUCCAGGGAUUCAGUCAAACUGGCAAGAUCCGGAUGCUGGUGUUUCCAGUGAUGUACCUUAAUGAGAGCGUCCUUAUUGACGAGGAAUCUGCCAAGAAGCUGUAUGCGGUUGUUACCGAGGCUAAUGUGAUCGUCAACAUCCCCUUCAUAGUGAUCAGUGUAGGCAUCUUACUGGGCGUCAUCUUCAUCGUGUUCAUGUGCCGACAGCAGACGCCAGCGGUGAGGCUCACACAUCACUUCCUUCACUAAAACGUCUGAUGGAUGAUUAA